AUGGUAUUCUCAUCCCCUGCAACUGUAUAUGGCCAACCAGAAAAAAUACCAUGUGUUGAGGAUUUUGAGUUGAAGGUCGUGAAUCUUUAUAUUGAACUCCAGUAUUUGCAUGAGUAUGCUAGGAUAAGCUCAAGCAUUGGAUUGACUGCCAAACCGAUAGUUAAGUUCUCGAGUGUGCUUAGAACAAAUGUUCUUACACUAGGUAUCGAUAUCUCAUUCGACACAAAGGUUUGGAAUUUUACCAAAUGCAACACGGGAUUGAGCUUCACCAAUGCAGACCUUAUUGCUUUUUUGGCUUUUCAUGUGGUUAUGAAUGAAAAGGGUGAUUCAGUUAACGCAUCUUAUUACCAUAUUGUGAAUCCAUUGACCAACAUUGUUGUUGGUGUUGAGGUGACCCACAGGUUCUCUAGCAAUGUGAACACUGUCACUAUGGGUACACAACAUGCAUUGGAUCCAUUAACCACAAUCAAGGCACCGGUGAACAAUGCCGACAAGGCAAGCACACUCAUUCAGCACGAGUGGAGCCCGAAAUCCCUCUUUACCAAUUUUAGAGAGGUGGAUACAAAGUCCAUCGAUAAGAGCCCUAAGGUCAAACUUGCUUUGACACUCAAGCUUUGAGAGCUUAAAAAAAAAACUCAUUUUGGUAAGAGUAUGGUAGACUUAAAAAGAUUUUUUAAGUUCUAGAUUGUUGUUGACUUUCAUGGUGUUGUCAUCUUCCCUUUUAUGUCAAUGGUUUUUCAUUUUAAAAAAGAAUAAAGUGAAAAAAAUGUGAUAAUUGUUUUUAUUCAUUCCUUGUUUAAUUGAGGUGAAA